ACCACCCCUCCUGGCAGCCGCCUCUCUCUGCUGCUGCCCCAUCUGCUCUCACUUUCCCAGCCAGAUGCCCUUGCCCUCCCAAUUCCCAUGCCCACGAGUGUUUGAAUAACACAGGGCAACAGGAGUGAACCUGAGCCCCCUGCUGUCCCCAUAGCGGCCAAACCCCUGACCCCACAAAAGGACCAUAAAAUUCGGGAACCAGAGCCGGAGCAAAACGGUUAAUCUUCUAACUGAGCCCAGCCCAGUGUUGCAGAAAGGAAGAGGGCGGGACUUCAGCUGUAUAAGAGGCGGCGGUGGCUAACUUUCUUUUACUUUCCCCUUUAACAUGCUGUCCUUCUUCGUCCGGAGAACCAGCCAAUGAAGACACAGAGAAAUCACUCCAUGGCUGAUUGAGAACAGAGCUGGUGCGAGUGGCCAUGGAGGUCCUGAGGGCCAGGGACAAGAAGGACCUGGGAGACAAACUACUCCAGAGGGCAAGGACAGAGGAAAAGGUGGUGCCUCCCAGAUGCAAGCUGGCCACGCUGACCCCCGAGAAGCCAACGCAGGAGAGACCGUCCCGAGCCGUGCUGGAAAACCCCAGCUUCUCCCCAAUUGGACUUAUUUUGAUCUCUUCUACAUUUACAUUUAUUCCAAUCUACUCACUGGUGCUGCUGUGUUGGGCAUUCGGGGCCGCAGACAGAACUCUCCACCUCUACCUGAUCCCCAAGAACCGUUCAGUAGAAAAGGCAAUUGAAGAACAUGAGAAGUGCCAGUCAAUUUCUGUGGACAAGCCUCCUCACUUUGGAACUUGUCGUGGUGUGCCCGGUGUACCAGAUGCCGUGAUAAAUCCAUCGGAUUUGAAAUUUACCUACGUAGGGUCUGAGAGCCAGCAGCCCUGCGCCAGGGACAUGGAAAAGGGAAUGCAGCUCAGCUUGACAAAGCAAAAAUACUUCACAGGCAAAAGAGAAAGUAAACCUCUCCGGACUGCCUCUCUGAGAGCAGGCACAAGCACAGGGAAAACAACAAGAGAUCUCCUGGUAAACGCCUUGGAUGACUUGAGAGAGAGCGAGCUGAAGAACUUCAAGCACAAACUGACUGACAUUGAUCUGAAGGAGGGAUACGACCACAUCCCUAAAGGGAAACUGGAGAAUGCAAAGUCUCUAGAGAUCACUGACCUCUUGAUUGGACACUACACAAUGGAUUAUGCACUGGAGGUGACCACGAUAGUGCUGGAAGCCAUCAACCGGAAAGACCUGGCAAGGAGAUUGAGAGGUGUAACAAGGACUGGGGACGUGAAACAUCCUGCAUCAGGGUCUGAUCCUCCCACUGGCACAAGCACAGGGAAAACAACAAGAGAUCUCCUGGUAAACACCUUGGAUAACUUGAGAGAGAGCGAGUUGAAGAACUUCAAGCACAAACUGACUGACAUUGAUCUGAAGGAGGGAUACGACCACAUCCCUAAAGGGAAACUGGAGAAUGCAAAGUCUCUAGAGAUCACUGACCUCUUGAUCGGAUACUACACAAUGGAUUAUGCGCUGGAGGUGACCAUGAUAGUGCUGGAAGCCAUCAACCGGAAAGACCUGGCAAGGAGAUUAAGAAGCGUAACAAGGACUGGUGAGGAAUCAGCCUGGGACUGGCUGUGCCUCCCUGUACUUCAAGGUGUUAUCCACAAAUACCCAUAUUCACCAUCGUUAUAUAAUUAUGAUAAGUUUUGUACAAUGCAUGCCUUACAAGAUAUUUUAAAAGUCUUGGUCUCUUGAACAUUAAUAUCCUGUUGGAUUGUAUAUGUUUUCAUGUUAUGUGAAG